AUGGCGCUUCCGGCGUCGUGCGCGAGGAUAGUGGCGACGGGGCUUUCCUCUGAUUUUAGAAAGGUGGCCGAGAUACUUUCCGCCCCUCUCCCCGCGGCCGUCCGGCCGACAGAAAUUUUCGUUAAAAAUCUGUUUGUAGGCAUCAAUGCCAGCGACAUUAAUUUUACGGCGGGUCGCUACAGGCCGGACGCCAAGCCGCCUUUUGAGUGCGGGUUUGAAGCGCUUGGAGAGGUUUUGGCUACGGGGGAAAAAGUUAAGGGUUUUACAGUGGGAGAUGUUGUCGUGACGCAGGCUUAUGGGGCUUUCGCGGAGUAUCAAGUGGUUUCUUCACGGCAAGCUAAGAAGGUCCCUUCGAGGAAAAAAGAGUGGCUUCCGCUUGACCUUAGUGGUACAACGGCUUCCAUUUCUUUAGAAGAGAUUGCGAAGCCGUUGCCAGGGGAGGUGGCAAUUGUAACAGCAGCUAGCGGUGGAACAGGCCAAUUUGCCGUACAACUCCUAAAAAAGGUGUAUCACUGUCGUGUUAUUGGAGUGACCUCAUCUGUGGCCAAGGAAAUCUUUUUGAAGGAGCUUGGUUGCGAUUGUGUGAUUGUUCAAGAACGGGAAACCAUUGCUGAGGGAAUAAAACGAAUAUCUCCUACCGGGGUGAAUCUUGCUUAUGAAUCUGUUGGUGGGGAGACGUUUGAAUCGAUCGUACAGAACCUUUCUCUUCGCGGCCGCAUACUUUCAAUUGGAGGUAUAUCUGGAUACAGCGAUGGAAGUACCUGGAUGAAGCGUUCUUCAACAGAUACACCCUUACAAACAAGACUUUUGUCCAAAAGUGCAACUUUGCAUACUUUCUUCUUGCCACAUUAUAGCAAGUAUGCUUCUCGACAUUUUGCAACACUCUGUGAUUUAUACAGUUCCGGAAUUAUUAAAAGUUGUAUAGAUCCUUUCGUAUUUAAAGGACUCAGGUCAGUUCCGGACGCAAUAGACUAUAUGUAUAGUCGGAAAAAUCAAGGGAAGAUUGUUGUUGAGCUCUAG